AUGCGGCAAGAAGCCUUGCAGUCCGUCCUCGAGGAACGACUGGAGCGGCGACUUGACGCCGCACCUGGGAUGCUGGUCACAUCUUUGGUUACAUAUUUGGUCAUGUGUUUGGUUGCACUGUUGGUCACACAUUUGGUUGGCACACAGCAUGGUGUUGCACUUCCAACUGGAGCCUCCGACACCUUGGCCGUACCAGCAGUCGAGCCAUCCGCCGUGCCGGGCGUUGUAGAGGCACCGGCGGUAGAGGAGAUACAGCUGGUGGUGGAGGCGUUUGAGCACAUCGUACAGCAGGCAGAGCAAAGCGUCCGCGUCGCCGGGGUAGAGCAGGCCUGCCGGGUUGGUGUUGAAGUCGCAGGCAUAGAUGCCACCUGCGUGGCCGAAGCCUAG